AUGAAUGUACUGUUCCCAAUCUCGGAAGCAACCGAAGAAGAAUACGCCAAAGCAGUUGCCGAGUCCAACACUAGACUUUGGUCUUUUCAUCAAGAAGAUCCUUCCAGCCGCGGAGCUCACUGGAACUUUCAUGAAACCUCUUCGCCUUACAAAGAAGUUGUCCCGGAGUUAGUGGCACUGUGGCAUCCGGAAGGUGUCGGUCGAGAUUUCGCAAGUAGGGUCUUAAAUCAAGUCUAUUGGUUUAUAGGCGAACGUUUGUGGAGACCUCAUUGUCAACUUGACUAUAUGUUUACCUACACCAAUCAACGUUGUAAGGGAUAUGGAAGUAUGCUUAUGCAAUGGGGAAUGGAGAGGGCCGAGAAAAUGGGAUUAGAGGUGAUUGUGGAAUCUAGCGAAAUGGGUUAUUCUCUUUACAAAGAGUUUGGUCUGAGGCCUAUAGAGAAAAUUGCCGUCGACAUGCGCGUUGAAAAUCCUAGCAAUACUUGGAGAAGGCUCGAGUCCGAUCUUGGCCCUGUGUUAAUUUGGUGGAUGCGGAAGCCUCACGGUGGAGUUUGA